GGCGCCCAACGUGGGGCUGGCACUACAUAUUAUAUAACUUGUAAGUACACGCUUCGUAUCAUUUACAUCUGGUGGUCAGCGUUAGACCCCUCAUCGCCAUCGUUGGACGUGCUGCUAGCCACCAUCAAUCUCACUCACGGAAACGUCAUUAUCUCCAAGCUACUUGGCCGCUGGAUACAAGAACUAUCAUUGACACUGAUAGAUUCAUGUCGUCAGCCGCAUUUGAAUAGUCGUCGUUUCUGCUACCUCUUCGCUCGCUUACCAUCGCUUACGGCCGUCGCUCCAGCUCAGCACACACAUCGCUCUCGAACACUGCCGCCUUCCAGUCAUCAUCACCCUCGCUAUCAUUACUUUGAUUCGUUGGUUGCACUGCACCAAAAGGCGCACAUAUCGCCACACACGUAUGUAUGUAUGCACCUUGGGUUUGACCACCCUUUUUUCUAGCUUGCCAUUGCCACUGUCGCAAAACAUUUCCCUUUCGCGACUACACGUAAGUAAUCCCUCAAUAACAGCCACAAAUUGCCAUUUGCGUUUUAAUUUUUGCCGCCUGAAAUUUUACUGCCUUUAACAAUGUCUUUGGACGAAUUAAAGCAACAGCGCGCAAAUACUAAGAAAAACAUCACGCGCAUCAAGAACAUUGUGGAUGCUAGUUUACGUCCAGGAGGUAAAACUCUCUCAGCUGCCGAAUAUAAAUGUCGUUUGGGCAUUUUUGAAUCUUACUUUAAACAGGUACUGUCCAUUCAGACGGAUAUAGAAAAAUUGGAUCCCGACGAUGGAGGACGCGCGGACCUUGAGGAAUUGUACGUCACUACAAAAUUAACGAUUCAAGCACAGCUAGUGGAGGAUCAUAAUAUUUCGCUUCCGGAAACAAGCUGCAUUGUGCAGCACAGCACUAAAUUACCAAAGCUCAAACUCCCAACGUUUAGCGGCAAGUAUUCUGAGUAUCAGAAUUUUAUUACAUCCUUUAAACAGAUAAUUGAUAAAGAAUUUAGUCUUUCAAACAUCGAGAAAUUUAAUCAUUUGCGAAACUCGCUUCAAGGUCAAGCUUUAGAAACCGUCGAUGCAUUCCAGGUGACCAAUGAAAAUUACCCUAAAGCAUUGGAACGGCUGAAAGAAAGGUACGACAAUAAAACUUUAAUUUUUUUGGAAAAUAUCUCUUCUUUAUUCGAGUUACCAGCGGUUUCGAAACCAAACGCACUACAAUUGAGAAGUCUUAUCGACAAGACUUCUGCCAUUUACGGUUCACUUCUCUCGUUGGGUAAUGAAAUGCAAAUUUCCCAAGCCAUGCUCAUUUAUUUGGUGCUUCAGAAAUCGGAUGAACAAACCAAUAAAAAGUGGAAAGAAUCUUUGGAUUUUAAGACGCUGCCGACGUGGGGCGACUGUGUGAAGGUGCUGGAAAGGCAUUGCCAAUAUUUGGAGUCGAUGGAAGCUAGCCACACAGGAUCAGCAGUUAUUCCAGUCUUACAACAUCACCCAGCGAUUCGACCAAGCGAAGAAAAUGGGACUUUGCAUCAAUUGCCUGUCUAAAGGACAUCAAAUGGCUCAAUGCCCAUCAACCCACAGAUGUAAGGUUUGCUCAAAGCAGCACCACAGCUUACUCCACCGCGGGUCCACAUCAGCCCAACAGACAACAAAUCCUCCACCAUCACGCGAAGCCGCAGUGCACACACACAUGCACAAUUCGUCGUCUGACAAUGUUAUUCUAGCAACUGCCAUGAUUUUAGUUCGUGAUUCGUCAGGUGAUUACAGACUAGGCAAAGCCCUGCUAGAUUCCUGUUCUCAGGUGAAUUUUAUUACUGAGG